UGUUUAAUAACAUUGAUUAAAUAAAUUUCGGUUAAACUAAAAAACGAUUUUAGAUGUUAAUUAAACUUAAAAAAUGAGGAAAUCAGCCGUACAACAGAAUUGCUCUUCAAAGCAACAAAUAAAAUAUAUUUGCAUUAAUUGUGGUCAUCCUAUAGCCGAGUUGUAUAGAAAAUAUAGCAACACCGCAAUCAAAACAAACAAUUGUGAAAAAUGUCACAAAAUAGCAGACAAAUAUAUCGAGUUUGACACAAUAAUAAUUUUGGUGGACGCGAUGUUGCUGUCACAGGAGUCUUACCGGCAUAUGCUACAUAACCAGAGCUUCAAGUUAAAUUGGAAAUUGUCGCUCGUUCUGCUGCUGCUCGAGUCCUUCGCCUUAUGGCGACAAAAAGAAAGCAUUGCAAGUGUCCAACAGGAUUCGUUACACCAUGCAAUAAUCAGCGAAAAGGGUUUUUAUAUAUGCUGCUUACAAAAUUUAAUUGAUUACCUGAUUAUCACAUUACUUUUGUUGGUUGUGACCUGGGCACAACGACCAUCAAUAAUUGAAUGCACUGGUAUUAGAAAAUUUUCUCUAAUUCUACUGAAAGCCAUCACCAUAGCUAAUUUAUCAAAAAUGUUCUUGUUACCACUGAUAGUAUGGCGUGGAAAUACUACAGAUUUGGGCGCCAACAUACAUCACGUACUUGUGCUGGGUCAUCAUCUAUUAGCGUUAGUGUAUAUUUAUUCUAUAGUAGGUUACUUUAAAAAAACGCAAGCAUUUUUUAUUAUAUUGCCCUCUUUUGUAGCAAAAGAGUAUCUUAAGCGUCACAUUUCUGUGUGCUUAGAAUAUUAUUUUUGAAUAGAAUCAUAAUUAAUUAAAGGGAAAAUGUUUGUAAUUCACCAAAGUAAAUACCCAGUAAAAUAUGUACAUACAUAAUCAGUUAAGUUAUUUUCCAAA